GCGGCUUUAAAAGGCAGCCACCCCACUCGUCCCAGAAUACACAGGGAGCGACUCCAGAGCCUCCUCCAAGAUGCUGGGGGUCCUGCUCACAGCGGCCUUGCUGGCCCUGAGCUCCGCUCAGAGCUUCAGGGAAGAACUUGAGGCUGCCUACCAGAACCCCAAUCAGAGACCACCUGCUGCAGGAUUCCCCGGAAGACCUUCUACUGGUGAUGGUCCCCAACAAGGAGGCCUGCAACAGGGACCCCAACCUCCUCGUCCUGGAAACCAGCAAGGCCCACCCCAGCAGGGAGGCCCGCAGCAGGGACCCCAACCUCCUCGUCCUGGAAACCAGCAAGGUCCACCCCAGCAGGGAGGCCCACAGCAGGGACCCCAACCUCCUCGUCCUGGAAACCAGCAAGGCCCACCACAGCACGGAGGCCCACAGCAGGGACCCCGACCUCCUCGUCCUGGAAACCAGCAAGGUCCACCACAGCACGGAGGCCCGCAGCAGGGACCCCAACCUCCUCGUCCUGGAAACCAGCAAGGCCCACCCCAGCAGGGAGGCCCACAGCAGAGACCCCAACCUCCUCGUCCUGGAAACCAGCAAGGUCCACCCCAGCAGGGAGGCCCGCAGCAGGGACCCCGACCUCCUCGUCCUGGAAACCAGCAAGGCCCACCCCAGCAGGGAGGCCCACAGCAGGGACCCCAACCUCCUCGCCCUGGAAACCAUCAAGGCCCACCCCAGCAGGGAGGCCCACAGCAGGGACCCCAACCUCCUCGCCCUGGAAACCAUCAAGGCCCACCCCAGCAGGGAGGCCCACAGCAGGGACCCCAACCUCCUCGUCCUGGAAACCAGCAAGGCCCACCCCAGCAGGGAGGCCCGCAGCAGGGACCCCAACCUCCUCGUCCUGGAAACCAGCAAGGUCCACCCCAGCAGGGAGGCCCACAGCAGAGACCCCAACCUCCUCGUCCUGGAAACCAGCAAGGUCCACCCCAGCAGGGAGGCCCACAGCAGGGACCCCAACCUCCUCGUCCUGGAAACCAGCAAGGUCCACCCCAGCAGGGAGGCCCGCAGCAGGGACCCCAACCUCCUCGUCCUGGAAACCAGCAAGGUCCACCCCAGCAGGGAGGCCCACAGCAGAGACCCCAACCUCCUCGUCCUGGAAACCAGCAAGGUCCACCCCAGCAGGGAGGCCCACAGCAGGGACCCCAACCUCCUCGUCCUGGAAACCAGCAAGGUCCACCCCAGCAGGGAGGCCCGCAGCAGGGACCCCAACCUCCUCGUCCUGGAAACCAGCAAGGUCCACCCCAGCAGGGAGGCCCACAGCAGGGACCCCAACCUCCUCGUCCUGGAAACCAGCAAGGCCCACCCCAGCAGGGAGGCCCACAGCAGGGACCCCAACCUCCUCGUCCUGGAAACCAGCAAGGUCCACCCCAGCAGGGAGGUCCGCAGCAGGGACCCCAACCUCCGCGUCCCGGAAACCAGCAAGGCCCACCCCAGCAAUCUUCUCUUGGAGGUAGACCAUAGGGCACUCAACAAGGCCAGUCUCCUCAGUAUCAAAAAUGUCCAGGAAGUAAGAAGACUCUGGCCUCAGAAGGUUUUUCCUCUGGAGCAAUGUUAUCUUACCUUUGUGUCCAAGCUAUCAAUAAAACAACAAGCAUGUGAUUUUGACUAUUGUCUUUCUUUUUUGGUUUAUGAAUUUUGA